CUAAUUCUCAAAGUGAGAGAGCCUCCGAAAUCACCCAUUAGAAGAUCAUAAUUGUCACUUAAUUCUCCAUCUAAACACAUCGAUCCUUGAAUACCCUAAUUCAAUAUCGUCAUGGGAUCAAGCGAAGGAGCUGCUACUUCAAUGGAGGUGGAGAAGUCGACGGCCAAUCCAAACCCUGCAUCUAUUCCAUCCAAGCCAAUCUUCGAACCCUUAAAGGCUCACGAAAUAUCUGAAGGCAAAAUCCAGUUCCGAAAGGUCCCAGUUCCUCCUCAUCGCUACACGCUGCUGAAGAAAGCCUGGAUGGAUAUCUACACGCCAAUAUACGACCAUAUGCAUAUUGACGUCCGGAUGAAUCUGAAAGGUCGAAAGGUUGAGUUGAAGACCCGGGCAGAUACCCCAGACGUCAGCAACCUACUAAAGUGUGCUGAUUUUGUCCAUGCUUUCAUGCUUGGUUUUGAUGUAAUUGACGCCUUGGCUCUUCUGCGUAUGGAUGAACUGUAUGUUGAGUCGUUUGAAAUAAAGGAUGUGAAAACUCUUCGAGGGGAGCAUCUAUCUAGGGCAAUUGGAAGGCUUUCUGGGAAGUAUGGGAGGACAAAGUUUGCAAUUGAAAACUCGACAAAGACUCGAAUUGUGAUUGCAGAUACUAAGAUUCAUAUUCUUGGAUCCUUUGCAAACAUAAAGGUGGCUAGGGAUUCACUUUAUAGUCUCAUUCUUGGGUCUCCUGCUGGGAAGGUUUACUCUAAGCUUAGAGCUGUGUCUGCUUGGUUAGCUGAGAGGUGUUGGAUCUUAUUUUUUAUCUUCUUUUCUUUUGUUUUGUUAUGUUUUGUUUUGUUUUGAGAUUUUAUUAUGCAG